UUUCCUGCUUUUUCAACUUCACCACUCCAUCUGGGAUUGUGCUGUCACCAAAUUACCCUGAAGAAUACGGGAGCAGCUUGCACUGCGUUUGGUUAAUUAUAGCUAAACCUGAGAGCAGAAUUCACUUGGCUUUCAAUGAUUUUGAUGUGGAGCCUCAGUUUGAUUUCCUAGCUGUGAAGGAUGGUGGAACUGCUGAAUCUCCUGUGCUGGGGACCUUCUCAGGAAACCAGAUCCCCUCCUCUCUGACCAGCAGUGGGCAUGUAGCCAGGCUGGAGUUCCAGACCGACCACUCCAUGGAGAAGAGAGGCUUCAACAUAACCUUCACCACAUUUAGGCACAACGAGUGCCCUGACCCUGGCGUGCCUGUGAAUGGAAAGCGGUUCGGUGACAGCCUCCAGCUCGGCAGCUCCGUGUCCUUCCUGUGUGAUGAGGGCUUCAUUAGGACCCAUGGCUCAGAAACCAUCACCUGCAUCCUGAAGGAAGGAAACGUGGUCUGGAACAAUGCAGUGCUCAGAUGUGAAGCACCCUGUGGGGGCCACCUGACAUCGCCCAGCGGAACCAUCCUGUCCCCUGGCUGGCCUGGCUUCUACAAGGACUCCCUGAGCUGCGCCUGGGUCAUAGAGGCCCAGCCAGGCUACCCCAUCAAGAUCACGUUCGACAGAUUUAAGACAGAGGUGAACUACGACACGCUGGAGGUGCGAGACGGCCGCUCCUACUCCUCCCCACUGAUAGGUGUCUAUGAUGGGACUCAGGUGCCCCAGUUCCUCAUCAGCACCAGCAACUACCUCUACCUCCUCUUCACCACUGACAAAAGCCACUCUGAUGUAGGCUUCCAGAUCCGAUACGAGACUGUGAAGCUGCAGUCAGACCACUGCCUGGACCCGGGCAUCCCCGUGAACGGCCAGCGCCACGGCAACGACUUCUACGUGGGAGCCCUGGUGACCUUCAGCUGUGAUUCAGGCUACACCCUGAGCGACAGCCAGGCCCUGGAGUGUGAGCCCAACUUCCAGUGGAGCCGGCCCCUGCCCAGCUGUGAGGCUCUCUGUGGAGGUUACAUUCGUGGUUCCAGUGGUACCAUCUUAUCCCCAGGCUUCCCUGAUUUUUAUCCCAAUAACUUGAACUGCACGUGGACCAUAGAAACAUCACAUGGAAAAGGUGUGUUCUUCACCUUUCAUACCUUUCACCUGGAGAACGGGCACGACUACCUGCUCAUCACAGAGAACAGCAGCUUCUCCCAGCCCCUGCAGCAGCUGACGGGGUCACGGCUGCCGGCGCCGCUCAGCGCGGGGCUCUUCGGGAACUUCUCAGCCCAGAUUCGCUUCAUCUCCGACUUCUCCAUGUCCUAUGAGGGCUUCAACAUCACCUUCUCAGAGUAUGAUUUGGAGCCGUGUGACGAGCCAGAGGUCCCAGCCUACAGCAUCAGGAAGGGCCUGCAGUUUGGGGUGGGGGAUGUCCUCACCUUCUCCUGCUUCCCCGGGUACCGGCUGGAGGGCGCGUCCCGCAUCACCUGCCUCGGGGGGAGACGGCGUGUGUGGAGUUCCCCUCUGCCAAGGUGUGUUGCUGAAUGUGGUUCAUCUGUAACUGGGACCCAGGGAGUUCUGCUGUCCCCCAACUAUCCAAUAAACUACAACAACAACCACGAGUGCAUCUACUCCAUCCAGACGCAGCCAGGAAAGGGGAUCCAGCUGAAGGCCAGGACUUUUGAACUGGAGGCAGGAGAUGUCCUCAAGGUGUACGAUGGCACCAAUAGCUCUGCUCGCCUCCUGGGCUCCUUCAGCCGCUCUGAAAUGCUCAGCACCAGCAUCAACAGCACCUCCAGCAGCAUGUGGCUCGAGUUCAUCACCAACAGCGAGAACACGAGCAAAGGCUUUGAGCUGCAGUUUUCCAGUUUUGAACUGAUUAAAUGUGAGGACCCUGGCAUCCCACAGUUUGGCUACAAGGUCCACGAUGAGGGACACUUUGCUGGCAGCUCUGUGUCCUUCAGCUGUGACCCUGGCUACACCCUGCGAGGCAGCAGGGUGCUGGUCUGCCUGACGGGGGAGCGCAGAGCUUGGGAUCAACCCCUGCCAACCUGUGUAGCGGAGUGUGGGGGCACCAUCCACGGGGAGUCCUCGGGGCGGAUCCUGUCUCCUGGCUACCCAACACCCUACGACCAUAAUCUGAACUGUAUCUGGACUAUAGAGGCAGAAGCUGGUUGCACGAUAGGGCUCCAUUUUAUGGUUUUCCACACUGAGGAGUUCCACGAUGUGCUGAGGAUCUGGGAUGGUCCUGUGGAGAAUGGAAUCCUCCUCAAGGAGAUGAGCGGGUCCAGCUUGCCCGGCGACGUCCACAGUACCUUCAACUCUGUCAUCCUUCAGUUCAACACUGACUUCUUCACGAGCAAGCAGGGCUUUGCUAUUCAGUUUUCAGUUUCCACUGCCACUUCCUGCAACGACCCAGGAAUUCCCCAGAACGGGAGCCGGAGUGGUGACAGCAAAGAGGCAGGUGACUCCAUCAUCUUCCAGUGCAACCCAGGAUAUGCCCUGCAAGGGGAGCCCAAAAUCACUUGCGUGCAGAUCGAGAACAGAUUUUUCUGGCAACCAGACCCUCCCUCCUGCACAGCGCCCUGCGGAGGAGUCCUGACAGGCCCGGCAGGAGUGAUCCUGUCCCCGCAGUACCCCGAGCCCUACCCCCCGGGGAAGGAGUGUGACUGGCAGCUGACUGUCUCUCCUGACUAUGUCAUCGCCCUGGUCUUCAACACCUUCAGCUUGGAGCCCGGCUAUGAUUUCCUUCAUAUCUACGACGGCCCUGAUUCCCUCAGCCCCCUGAUAGGAAGUUUCUACGGGUCCCAGCUGCCCGAGCGCAUCGAGAGCAGCAGCAGCAGCCUCUUCCUGGCCUUCCGCAGCGACGCCUCCGUCAGCAGCGCCGGCUUCGUCAUCGAGUACACAGAAAACCCCCGGGAGUCGUGCUUCGACCCCGGCGCCAUUAAGAACGGCACGCGGGUGGGCACGGACCUGAAGCUGGGCUCCACCAUCACCUACUACUGCGACGGGGGCUACGCCAUCCAGGGGGUCUCCACGCUGACCUGCGUGAUGGGCGAGGAUGGAAAACCCACCUGGAACAAACCCCGACCCACCUGUACAGCACCCUGUGGGGGUCAGUACACGGGCUCGGACGGCGUCGUCCUGUCUCCAAAUUAUCCCCAGAACUACACCAGUGGACAAGUCUGCCUGUACUUCAUCGUUGUGCCAAAGGACUAUGUGGUCUUUGGGCAGUUUGCCUUCUUCCAGACCGCGCUCAACGAUGUCAUCGAAGUGCACGAUGGCCCCAACGAGCAGUCCCGGCUCCUCAGCUCCCUCUCGGGCUCCCACACAGGGGAAUCGUUACCGUUGGCUACCACCAACCAGAUUCUCAUCAAAUUCAGUUCCAAAGGUCAAUCUACAGCCAAAGGUUUUCAUUUUGUCUACCAAGCGGUGCCCCGGACCAGCGCCACGCAGUGCAGCUCGGUGCCGGAGCCG